CCACCUCACUCUCUCUCCAGCCCUCCCUCCUCGUUUUGCCGGCCUCCCUCGCCACCUCGCCUCGCCUCGCCCUGCCCUCCAUUUCGAAUCCCGCACAGCCGACGUCUAGCGGGGCGCGCCGCCGCAGCGACGGGGAGGGGGCUGUGACCCUAUCCCGCCGCGCCACCCCCCCUUCCGGCCGGCCGCUCGCGGCGCGCGCGUCGGGCGGGGCGUGACCGGGACGUUCUGCGGGGGCGAGAUCUCACAGCCCGCGCGUGCUGCGGCUGGGAUUGUGGAGGUUUGGAAGCGGCCGGUGGGAGCUGCAGCGGAGGAGGAGGAAGAGGGCCGCGGCCAUGGCGGGGUCGAGGUUCGGGUCGUUCAAGUCGGACAAGGGGGACUCGGCCGCGGCGGCGGCGGCGCCGCCGCAGAGGAAGGACCCGUACGAGGUGCUCGGUGUGGCCCGCACCGCCACCGACCAGGAGAUCAAGAGCGCCUUCCGCCGCAUGGCGCUCAAGUACCAUCCGGAUAAGAAUGCUGAUGACCCUGUCGCAUCAGACAAGUUCCAGGAAGUCACCUUUUCUUACAGCAUUCUGUCGGAUCCCCAUAAGAGGCGGCAGUACGACACGUCAGGAUUCGAGGCCAUCGAAACUGAUAGCCAGGAAUUGGAGCUGGACCUAUCCAGUCUCAAUACCGUAAACACCAUGUUUGCAGCUAUUUUCAGCAAGCUUGGUGUACCAAUUAAGACAACUGUUUCAGCAACUGUUUUGGAGGAAGCAUUAAAUGGGUCUAUUGUGGUUUCGCAGCUCCAGCUAGGAAACCCUGUGCGCAAGAAGGUGGAAAAGCAAACAGCUCAUUUUUAUUCUGUAGACAUCACAGAACAGGAAGCUAAGAAGGGGCUAGUUUGCCGUGUGCAUUCAACUGAAAAAAGCAAAUUUAAGCUGCUUUAUUUUGAGCUCGAAGAAAAUGGUGGGUUGAGCCUUGCACUUCAGGAAGAUAGUGUAAAGGCCAGCAAAGUUUCUUCUGCAGGAAUGUACUUUCUUGGGUUCCCUGUGUAUCGUUUUGAGCAAAAUAACUCAGCACCAGCUGCGAAGGAUCCUGAUAGUGCAUUCUUUAAAAGGUUGGAUAGUUUCCAACCAUGUGACAUUAAUGAACUGAAACCAGGAACCCACUUUUUUGCCGUCUAUGGUGACAAUUUCUUCAAAAGUGCAACAUAUACUAUAGAGAUUGUUUGCGCUGAAUCUUUCCCUACUGAAAAGGAGAAGCUACAGAGUGUUGAGGCAAAGAUACUCACAAAAAGAGCUGAGCUGUCUAAAUUCGAGACAGAGUACCGUGAAGUCUUGGCAAAGUUCACAGAAAUGACUAGCAAAUACACACAAGAAAUGCAAACGAUUGACGAGCUUCUUAAUGAAAGGAAUGUAAUCCAUGCAUCCUAUACCAACAAUCCACCUCUAAAACGGACUUCGAGCAGGAAUAAAUCUAAAUCAUCACCUUCUUUCAAAUUUGAUGAAGAAAAAAACCAGAGGAAAGAAAAGAAAGUGAAGGAUCAGCACAUGGAGGGCUGCGGAAGUGAAGAUGACGACUCGAGUGAAAAGAAAACCAAAGAGCGGUUCCCAAGGAAGAGAUGGCUAAACAUCCCUUUCAAAGUUGACAGGAGAAAGCCAUGCUGACCAUAAUGGUAAGCGUACAAGUGAAAUACAAACUAUUUUCAUUUUGACUGCCCCAGAAGAACUCCUUCGCCGUUACCUCUUUCCUUAGUGUUGUCUUACUAUAUUUCCUGCAAAGAUUGGGUGCAACCCUGAGUUCAUAUGAUGUAUGGCUACGAGGCACGAGUACUCGUAGCUUCUAAGGUCCCCUGCUGCCACCGUAGUCCAGUUCCAUAUUCUUUCGAGUGUGAUAAUGUCAAUUUUGAUUUCAUUGGCUGUGUAAUCAGUUGUAAAUAUUAGUUAUCUCGUCUCUGUUGCACAUUGUCUCUUUCCCCGCCUUGGACUCCUGAUGUGUAAUUAACCAAACACUAUUUUCCCCUCCCGUGAAUUCAUUUGUAGUUUA